CCUCUAAACUACCCAAUACAAAUCUUCAAUUAAUCCACUGUUCGAGAGUAGCUCCACCAGAAAUAAUGGCAGAUUCCGAUGACAUUCAAACCCAUCCUCACAUAGCUUUACUCCCAAGUUCCGGCAUGGGUCAUCUCGUACCCUUCGUACGCCUCGCUGCUACCCUUGCUGCCCACAACUGCCGAGUCACUUUCAUCACCACUCACCCAACCGUCUCUCUCUCUGAGUCACGCCUCGUCGCUCGCCUACUGUCGGCUUUCCCUCAUGCGGUCACUCCAAAAGAGUUCCAUCUCCUCCCACUCGACCCAUCUACCGCGAACUCCAAAGACCCUUUCUUCCUUCAAUUCGAAGCCAUCCGCCGCUCUGCCCACCUCCUCUCUCCUCUCCUCACUUUCUCUUCUCAUUCUAAUCAUCUUCUCUCUGCUCUCGUCACCGACGUCACCUUAGCCUCAGCCAUCAUCCCAAUCACCCAGGAUCUUCAUAUCCCUAAUUACAUCCUCUUCACUUCCUCCGCCAAAAUGUUCUCUGUCUUUGCCUAUUUUCCUGCCCUAGUUGGAGAUACUCUUAGUGAUGAAAUCAACAUUCCCGGCUUACCGCCUCUACCCAAAACAUGGCUCUCACCGCUUCUUCUAGAUCAGACUAAUCUCUUCACAAUCCAGUUCAUUGAAAACGGUGAAGCACUCGUGAAAUCAGACGGGAUUCUCAUCAAUACGUUCGAGUUUCUGGAGCCUGAGACGGUGGCGGCGCUGAACGAGGGCAAGGUAAUAAAUGGGCUACCGCCGGUGAUACCGAUCGGUCCACUGGUCCCGUGCGAGUGCGAGCCGGAGCGAGGUGAAUCAUCACUAGUAGAAUGGCUGGAUGGGAGGGAGAAGGGUUCGGUCGUGUUCGUGAGCUUUGGGAGUCGGACGGCGAUGUCGAGGGAGCAAAUCCGGCAGGUUGGUGAAGGAUUGGUGAGGAGUGGGUGUGGGUUCGUGUGGGUGGUGAAGGACAAGAAGGUGGACAGGGAAGAGGAAGAGGGAGUGGAAGAAGUGGUGGGUGGGGAGUUGAUGGAAAGGAUUCUCAAGGAUGGGAAGGGGGUGGUGGUGAAGAAGUGGGUCGACCAGGAGGCCAUACUGAGUCACGGGGCGGUGGGUGGGUUUGUGAGUCACUGCGGGUGGAACUCGGUGAUGGAGGCAGCGUGGCAUGGGGUGAGGUUGUUGGCGUGGCCGCAGGGUGGGGACCAGAGGAUAAACGCAGAGGUGGUGGAGAGGAGUGAGCUUGGGGUGUGGGUUAUGAGUUGGGGAUGGGGAGGUAUUGGGAAGGUGGUAAAGGCCGAGGAGAUAGAGGAGAGGGUGAGGGAGAUGAUGGGGAAUGAGCAGCUUAGGGUGCAGGCGGCGCAGGUUAGUGAUGAGGCGAGGAAAGCUGUUGGAUUAUGUGGGAGUUCUCAGAGAGGAUUGACGGGCUUGUUGGAGAAGUUGCAGCACACCAUUAAUUAA